GGCCGCCACGAUAGAGAAAAUGGCGGCUUCCUUGAAGCGCUUUGCCGCGGCGUUUUCUGGGAUUUCGUUUCGCUUUCUUGCUGCCGGAUGCGCUUGCCGAAAUCAACCGUUGCGGCCGCCGACCGCGCGUAAAACUUGUGCACUAUGCGCGUACCAUAAGGACACUCUGUUGGAAACAGGCCCUUUACUGCCUCCAUCGGUACGGCUAGCCGGGCGAUCGUCGAGUGGAGCUUGCUGGAACUGCUCCGAGCCCCUCGCGAAAAAGGAUCUCGUCUGCCGGCGGUGCGAGAGUCCGCAGGAAGUGACCCACGCACCGAACUACUUCGAUGUAUUUGAUGAAGAGGCGAAAUAUGACAUCGACGCCAGUAAGCUCCAGGGAAAGUUUCGACAGUUGCAGCGCUUGCUUCAUCCCGACAAGUUUGCUGCCAAAUCCAAGAAGGAGCAGGAUCUCUCUGACAACCUGUCGGCACUGGUAAACCAGGCAUACCAGACUCUGUCCAAGCCCGACAGUAGAGCCAAGUAUUUACUCAAGGUUAGCGGGAAGGAUCUCGACUCCGUGGUGCUGGACACUGCAUUCUUAGGUCGCAUGAUGGAACUAAAUGAGGAAGUGGCUUCUGUAGAAGAGCGGCGGGAUCAAAAGUCGGCAGAAGAAUAUCUCAAAAUUGUGCAAACUGAAGCUGAACAGGUGUCAAAUCAGCUAAGUAUGGCAUUUGAAAAGGACAACCUUGAUCAAGCUAGCAUUGAAUUAGCAAAGUUGAAGUACCUUAGAAAUAUAGAGGGAAAGUUGAAAGAAGUCAUAGAACAAUAAAAUGCUAUUUCUGUUAAUGUUGGAG